CCGCUUCUCGUCCGUUCAUCGUUUUCUCUCGGGCUCGUGCGCAUCCCGAUUGACGUGCAUGGCCUACGGCUAAUAUCAAUUCUUGCUGCUCUGAGACAGGCAUCGGUGGUCCGAGGGUCCAUUUGCCUUAACAGACUGCCGCCACGCGACACCUAUGCGCGCCCGACUACACAGAAUCAGACAUCUAUGCACCAUUCAUUGCGUCAGUUGGUCAGAUCGUGUGGUACUAGGGGAACUCUGAUUUCUGGGCGAGAGUUCUCAACCCGCUAAAGUUGACGGUAUCAUUAGCAUGGUGCAAUCUCAACGUACGUGCCCUCCUCUCGCAAGGUUCUACGACAGUUGGCGCGGUCCUACGCACUGUGGCUUCUUCGGCGUUUGCUAAGAGUCGCGUAGCCGAUGGCAUCGAAAUCGCUCUCCAAUGCAUCGUCCAAUUUUCUCUGUCCAAUUGUGCACCUUUUACGUUUCGCGAGAGCUGUGCGUCCGCAUUGGAGAGUAUACGCGUCUAUGUCUAGUCGAUAGGUGGGAUGUGGCUAUGCAUCACCUGGUACAGGGGGCACGGGUCUUGCAGCGAGACUUGAAUCUUGCAGUGCGACUUCGGCUCGCGUCCUGAUAUGUCUGCGUCCAUGAACUUUUCGGCUCCUUUGCGCUAUAGAUCUCUGUGAGUCGAAGACUCACGAGCCGAUACGUCGUUGGCGCAGCCUCGCAGUCAGGAUCCGGGUCUCACCUUCGCCGGCCGCAAAGCCACGGGGGACCAUGUCGGCGUCUCACGUCUUCGCCCGAGUGGAUAUAUUCCAACCCACAGAGGCGUCGGGCAGGGCAUCGGAACCCUGCUAUGUCGCCAAGUCCCUCGUCGCUCAGCAUAUCGGCGUCGCUUCUCGCGUCGGUAUCCGAUGACAUUCCGGACGUACAAGUCACUCUUUCCUGGGGCUUCUUUGCCUUGCUUGUCGGGUUGCUGUUCUAUGGUGUCUUGUUAUGUCAAGCAUACUGGUACUUCCACACCUAUAAAGACUGCGGUGUGCUUAAGGCCUUGGUAGCUGCAUUGAUGACAGCAGAGACGGCACACACGGCGUUAUCUAUGCAUUGGGGGUACUACUACUUGGUCGUCAACUAUGGCAACCCAAGUUCUCUAUCCACUCCAACUUUGUCUCUGAGGCUCCUGCCUGUGACUGUGGUCAUGAUCGUACUGCUCUGCCAAUUAUUCUACAUCCGCCGGGUCUACCUCGUCUUACCUCUAGGUUACUAUAAGCAAGCUGUCAUCGCAGCAGUGAUCAUAUUGAUUCUAUGGGGAAUCGGCUUUGCCACAGCUCUGACAGCGCAAAUCUUCAUGCACCCCACCUUCAAGAGCUGGCUUCACUAU